CUAAAUAAAAAUAUAGCAUAAAUCGCUCGUUAGAUAUAUGAAGAGUUAGCCUAUGAGCGAUUUGGCAUGCGCGAGAUGAACUUCCAAAACUGCUGACAAAAAUUUCUUAAAAUCUUCUUUAAAAUUUCCUUAAAAUCAUGAAAUAAUUCGUACACUGAAUAAACCUGACUACAUUUUGGCAAGCCACUCUGCAUCCUCAUCUUAGCCCUGCCAGAAACCCUUUACCUAGAUUCCCUGCCUAUCUGCACUCUGUUCAAGCUCUGUCAGGCUCUGAAACACCGUCGCCUUUCUUGUGUAAAGUGUUUCUCACGCUUCUGGGGCCCUCGGGUGCAGAACGCGAGUGCUGAAGCUGGGCAGAGUCAAUUAUCAGGGGAAUGAAGUUUGAGACCUCCAUUCGGUGGCUCGGGGCGUGUUUUCUUUUUUUCGGUGGGUGUUGCCGAAGCAGGACGUGGGCGUGAAUGUGAGACUGAGGCUCCAGCGGUUCGUGGGAAAGACGCUCAGAAGGUUUGGUGACUGUACCUGUGCGCACUCGCACUGCAUCAUGAAGCGGCCUUGUGAGGACAGCACGUCCGACAGCGACAUGAAUGAAACUAUUGAUGUGGGCAGCGAGAAUAACUACUCGGGUCAAAGCAAUGGUUCAUUUAUAAGAUGUGGCUCACCCACCACAACAUCUCAAGUCAUGGCUAGAAAGAAGCGGAGAGGGAUCAUUGAGAAAAGACGAAGGGACCGAAUAAAUAAUAGUUUAUCAGAGUUGCGUCGUUUGGUGCCAAUAGCAUUUGAGAAACAGGGAUCUGCCAAGUUAGAGAAGGCGGAAAUAUUGCAGAUGACUGUGGAUCACUUGAAGAUGCUCCAGGCCACAGGAGGAAAAGGAUAUUUUGAUGCUCAUUCUCUGGCCAUGGACUUCAUGAGUAUCGGCUUUCGGGAGUGUCUAACUGAAGUGGCGAGGUAUUUGAGCUCCGUUGAAGGUCUGGACUCCAGCGAUCCCCUCCGCAUCCGCUUGGUUUCUCACCUCAGCAGCUGCGCCUCGCAGAGGGAAGCGGCUGCCAUGACCACAUCAAUGACCCAUCACCAGCAGGCCCUCCACCCUCAUCACUGGGCCGCAGCUUUGCAUCCCAUCCCGGCAGCGUUCCUGCAACAAAGCGGACUUCCGUCCUCAGAGAGCUCCUCUAGCAGGCUGUCUGAGGUUCCUCAGAGGGGCGCAGCCCUUUUGACCUCCUCCUUCACCCACAGUGACUCCGCACUCAGAGCACCCUCUACAGGUAGCGUCGCUCCUUGCGUUCCGCCGCUGUCCACCUCACUGCUUUCAAUAUCGGCGACCGUUCAUGCGGCGGCCGCUGCUGCCGCGGCACAAACCUUCCCUCUAACAUUUCCCGGAGGAUUCCCGCUCUUCAGCCCCAGCGUAACAGCAUCUUCGGUGGCUUCUUCCUCCGCGAGCCCUUCCGUUUCCACAUCCACCACAUCCCAACAGAACAGCGGAAGCAGCAGUAAACCAUACCGACCGUGGGGGACUGAAGUGGGAGCGUUUUAAGUGUUGGAUUUGUUCUUGUUGCAUCUGGACGUGUUACACACUUUGUACAUAAAGGAAAGAAAACAUCUAUUGUGCCUGCUUUGGUCAGCACCUUGUUUUUUUUUUCUCUCUACGCUUGUGUACAUAUGCAACAUGAAACAUAAGCCAACUUUCUAGGAGGGAAAGAAAGACAUACUUUACACCUCAAGCUGCGUGGAAACCCAUAAGGAUGAAGAGCGAUUUUAAUUUUUGAAGAAAAAAUCAGUUACUGUUUUAACUUCAUGUAAAGGGCUGUACUGUGUAACAGUGCCUGCAUAAACACUGCUAAAAUGCUGCAUUUGAGAUGUAUGCUUUGAUAUUUCUCAUUAGAAUAAGCACAUGUGAUUUUCACAAACACACACAAACCAGUAGCUUUAGAGUAAAACAGAACCGCUUAUUCAAAGACAAGCCAAAGGUUUUGCAGAUAAUCACUAAAGUGAGGUGUGAAUCAGUUGUGUAAUCUAUGAUUUAACAAUCCAGUUUGUAAAUAUGUAUAUGUGUAAGAUUGUAACUAGAGUUUAUACUGAAAUUAGACGAGGAGUUGGUAUGAUGCACUUCAACCACUGCUGUUUUAUUGGGGGAGACAGGAUCUUCUCCACUUUACACAAUAGGCCUACUGAAUUAAAAAAAAAAAAUAAUAAUAUUCACUAAUACUCAUAUGUGAGAUUUUCUACUACUGUAACUUUGUUACCUUUUUAAUAACCCUACCACGCUCUGUAAGCUGUAACAUUUUCUAUGCAAAAAAGAAAAAAACAUGUCCUCGAAGAAACUGGGU